UGUAUUAUUGCAGGAAUUGUAUUUAAUUAUCUUGAAUAUUUAAAAAUGUUGUGCAUACUUUGUUUUAAAUAUGCUGACAGUUUUUUAAACAUCUUUAACGAAAUAGGAUCAAAGUUACAAAUAGCAGAUAUAAUCGAAAGACACUUUUGGUUCAAGCCGCUUCCUGAGGAGAAUAUUUCGGCAGUGAUUUGCUCCGCAUGUUGGUCAAAAGUAGACGAUUUUCAUCAAUUUUAUUUGUCGGUGGAAGAAUCACAUAACACCCUCAAUAGUAAGGUGAAAAAUGAGCCUUUUGCUGAAUUUGAUUUCAAUGAAUUGCUUGAUCCCGAUCUAAGUCCCAAAAAAGAACUGACAGAAAAAACAUGUCCAUUGGCUGAUAAGUCCCUUGACCACUCAAAUGAAAUCCUGAAUGAAUUUUGUGAGCUAGAGAUGCCCUGUUCCAUAAGCACCGAAGACACAGAUGGUGAUAGUGAAUCAAUCAAUCCAAUUCGCGAGCUGGACGGUAAUGAACACCCAGCCGUGGAAAUUGGCAACAAACAAGGAAAAACAGCACCAGCACUAAAGGAAACAAAAAAAAUAUUAAGAAGAGGCACGUUAUGUAGGAAGAGCAAAGAGUCUAAAAACGUAAAACAUAAGAUUCGUAAAGAGGAUAACACUAAAAAAUUGAAGGAACGAUCUGGCGUAAAAUCGAAAUUGGAAGACGAUGCUAUGGUGAAAAAAUAUAUUCCCAUGAUUUGCGAAUUGUGUCCUUUUAUCAGCGAAGACUAUUCGUCUGUGACAAAACAUUUUCGAACAGAUCACCCAAAUGUUAAACCCUAUGUAAGGUGCUGCAAUAAAAAGUUGUUUCAUCGCCAAGAUAUUGUGCAUCACGCCUACAGGCAUGAUAAUCCAGAGUUCUUUAAAUGCAAAGAGUGUCAAAAAGUAUUUUCCGAACAGUCAACACUAUCUCGUCACAUGAUUACCGCACAUACACCGGAAGAAGAACUUAAUUUCCAUUGUGAUCAAUGCCCUAAAAAAUUUUCUCGGCAAGAGAAAUUGGAACUGCAUAAAAACUCACAUCUACCAAGAGAAGAAAGACCAUUCGUAUGUGAUCAAUGUCCCAACAGUCGAUUUGCCAGUAAUGAUCUCUUGAAAGUUCACAUAUGUAUGCGACAUCGUCGUGCAACAAAUAUUUGUCAUGUGUGUGCUAAGGAAAUACGUGAUAAAGGUGCAUUCGAGAAACACGUACUAGCUCAUUUUGAAGAAGGCGGCCCAAAAUUAAAAUGCACGAUAGAUGAUUGUGACCAUUGGUUCAAGCAUGAGCAUUAUCUACAGCGUCACAUUAGACGAGUGCAUACUAAUGAGCAGAAAGCGGUAACUUGUGAGAUAUGUGGUGGAGUAUAUAAAAACAAGUGUUCGCUGACAAAACAUAAGGGCCGAGUUCACUCAAAUGUGGUAUUCACAUGUGAGGUUUGCAAAAAAACUUUCAAGCGCGCUAUUUACUUAAAGGAGCAUAUGGCCCAACAUACUGGUGAAAUACUCUACAAUUGUCAAUUUUGCACUCGCACUUUUAAUUCCAAUGCCAACAUGCAUGCGCAUAAGAAGAAAAUGCAUCCAGUCGAAUGGGAUAAUUGGAGGAAAACAAAUAACGGUUGUACAAAAUAGUGAUCACUAAGACAGCAUAAAUUUUAAAACUAUUUUAAUGUAUGCUCAAAUUUCGUAUAUUCAUUAAGAUAUUAAUGUUACAUAGAAGUUUAUACUUAAAUGAAUGUAAAUCAUUUCAAAUAAUAACUCUUGCACCGGUUUUUCAACCAA